AUCACACUCCUCAAAGAAGCCAUGAACGGACCCAAUUUCUAUAUUCUGCUUCUUGCUGGAGUCUUGGUCAGCGGGCAAGAACUCCGAUGGGAAAACCAAUUUGACCAGCCCUUACAGUUUAACUGCCCUUCAAGAAAAUCCAUCUCCCACAUAAAUAGUCAGCAUGACAACUCCUAUGAAGACCGUGUGUGGGACUUUGAGUGCAAAGACACAUUUGUCUCAGAGCCUGAGUGCCACUGGUCUCCUUACGUAAAUGACUUAGAACAAGAGUUCAGCUUCAAAUGCCCCAAUAACUAUGUCCUCACUGGGGUGAACAGCUAUCAUUCCAACCCCCAUGAGGACAGAAGGUGGAAGUUCUACUGCUGUCGAGUCAACAGCUACUGUAACCAGGACUGUCAGUGGACCCCCUACGUCAACUACUUUGAUGAGGUCAUCUCUUGGCAAGUCCCAGGCCUGAACUACCUAGUUGGGGCCGGAAGCUACCAUUCAAAUUAUUAUAAAGACCGUCGUUGGAGAUACCAGUACUGCACACGGAAGUCAAACUGCUGAUAUUACAGCUGAUUAUUGCAUUCUUGACCCAAAUGAUGAGUAAAGAUUGCCUACUACCUUC